AGCUGGAAUACAUUAAACUUAAGAAGUGGCUAAAAGAGAGAGGCUUUGAAGACAGUAAUUUAAGGCCAGCAGAAUUCUGGGGUUAUAUUUUAAACAUUUUGUGGUAUUAUAGACAGAGCAGAAAUAAUGGAAUGGGUCAGAGAAAAAUAUUGUGACUAGAAAUGCUAAAGUUUAGUUAAAACUCUGAAACCAAGAGCUGCAGCUGGUGCUGAAAGAUGUGUUUGAGGAAAAAAUGGAGAAAAAGAAGGUGAAGAAUUGCUAUAAGUGGGAAGAAAAAAGCUGAACAAUUGCUAGAACUGGACAGCAAAUGCUGCAGGAUAUGCAGGGAAAAGAUCCUGAAAAAUAAAGAGAAUUGGAGAACAAAGAAGUGAGAGACAGGAAGGGGAUUGAUGACAACAAAAGCUCUUCAGGCAGGAGAUCUGAUUAUUUCAUUGCCUGAGAAGUGUUUGCUCACCACGGGCACUGUCCUCAGCAGCUGCUUGGGAGGACACAUCCAGAAAUGGAAGCCCCCCGUGUCUCCUUUGCUGGCGCUGUGCACGUUUUUGAUAGCAGAGAAACACGCUGGGGAGAAAUCUCCGUGGAAGCCCUACCUGGAUGUUCUACCCAAGGCUUACACUUGCCCUGCUUGUUUGGAACCUGAUGUAAUAAAUCUGCUCCCAAAACCCUUAAAAAAGGCAGCUCAGGAGCAAAAAAUGAUGAUCCAAGAGCUGUUCAAAUCUUCCAGAGCUUUCUUCUCUUCCCUGCAGCCUUUAUUUGCUGAGAACACAGGAAUCAUUUUUAAUUUCAGUGCUUUGGAGUGGGCUUGGUGCACUGUAAAUACCAGGACAAUCUACAUGAAACACCCACACAGGGAGUGUUUCUCCCUGGAGCCAGAUGUUUAUGCACUGGCACCGUAUUUAGAUUUGCUAAACCACAGCCCAAAUGUUCAGGUCAAGGCUGGGUUUAACGAGCAGACAAGGAGCUAUGAAAUUUGGACAGAUUCACAAUGCAAAAAACACCAGGAAGUUUUGAUCUGCUAUGGACCUCAUGAUAAUCAGAGGCUGCUGCUGGAAUAUGGAUUUGUUGCCAUGGACAACCCUCACAGCAGUGUUUAUGUCUCAGCAGAUACUCUACUCAAAUAUUUCUCACCACUGGACAAGCAGAGAAAGGCCAAAGUUUCCAUUCUAAAGGAUCAUGAUUUCCUAGAGAACCUGACCUUUGGCUGGGAGGGACCAUCCUGGAGACUCCUCACAGCCCUCAAGGUGCUGAGUCUGGCAGCAGAUGAAUUUGCCUGCUGGAGGAGGGUCCUGCUUGGUGAUGUCACUUCAGCCAGGAAUCAACAGCAGGCUUUGGGUACAGCAGCAAAAAUUUGUCAGUUUUUAAUAGAGGAGACCCAGCACGUCCUUCUCCAGAUUUCCCAGCUGAAAAGGGACAAAGAGAACCUCAAAACCCACCUGGCUUUGGUGGAGAUGCUGCGCUCAGAAGACCUCAAGAUCCUUCAGAAAUCAGCUGAGAUUCUUUGCAACUUGAAUUUAGGAACAACUUGAGCCCCCUGGAGCUGUGACAGCUGUGAUUGCUCAGGGAUUAUUGCCAGAUUAUCACUCUUUUAAUGGACCUGAACAGCACAGAAUAAUUUAAAAAUUCACCAGAGUAAUUUUGUUCUUUGCUGACCUUCACACAAAAGGUUCUGCUGAGGUGGAGAGCUCGAGCUCCUUGGUUUGGAGAAAAGAGAAUUUUUUAAAGGGCAUUUCAGGGCAGGACCCUUAUUUAAGCUGCAGAAACUUCAUUUGGAAUUGGGAUUCUCUUGUGAUUCUUUUCCAUGAUGCGAUUUUUAAAAAGUGCUUAUUUUUGUAAAUAUAUGAUUUCAUUUUCUACAA